GCAAGGGGAGAACAUGCGAACUCCACACAGGCGAGGCCGGAUUUGAAUCCGCGUGCACGUGUGUAUACACACACACAUAUAUAUAUAAAAUGUUCAUUUAAGAUUGUCAUCAUGGCACUAAAAAAUGUAACGACAGUUAAAACAAUAUGGGAUUUCAAUUUUAUGUAUUUAUUUAUUGAUUUAUUUUUACCAAGACUGUCAGAAAGGGAUGGGUUGUGCAUUGGUGAGCACUCUGUUUUCUAAAAAUAUAAUUUUUCCCAAUAAAUAAAUUCAUUAUUCGUCUCUCUAAAGUAAUGAUGCUAUAUUUAGUUUGCUUACUAAUUAACAUAGGGUUUACCACCCACGGCCAUUGUGUUUUUGUUUUUUUAGGGGGGGGGCGAUGCAUCCGCACGGCUUGUCUGGGAUGAGUCCAACAGCCGACAACCACAUUUAAUCAAUUUUAGUGUAUAACCACGUCCAGCUUCGGGCUUCUAAUUGAUAAAUUCAAGUAACACCUGUUUCACGUUUUUUACAAGCUUUGCUCAGCAAGCUUAGAUGAGCCCGUUUUUACGUUGACUCAAGUAUCGCGAGACGGGAGACUCCGCGAUGUCCGCGCCGGCUAGCCAACUGCCAGCUUCACGGUGGCCAACGUGAAGCGAUUACAUGAUGAGGAUGAGGUGUGAUGAUGGAGGAUGUUGUUGUUCAUCAUCAUCUUGAAGACUCUGAUGGACUGAGUGAUUUAAUCGCAACCACAGAGAAGCUCCUUGAGCCUUUUGUCUGCCGGCCUCCUCCCGUCUUCACGCCGUGGUUCUCUUAUUCAUCAGCAGAACGCCCCCCCCCCAUCAGACCGGCAAAAUGUGCUCCCGUCAUCAAGGCGGCUGAUUUAAAGUAUCUCCAUGAGGCUUCAAAAGAUGGUGUAUGCGUCUCUGGAACCUCAAACUCGCUGUCUUCUGACAAGAAGCGCAUCGCUGUCACCGCGGUGGCGGUCAAGCGGUCCUGGAACGUGCUGGCUGCCAAAGGUGUGCAUCAACCCUCGCCAUCGCUCUCUAAACGCUUCCAUCACACCCUGUCCGUGCAUGCGCUGCACCCGCACCAGAGGUCCAAGUGGGUCAUCAAUCAGCAUAACUGUGGAGCUGCAGGAGACAUCGAAAAGGUGUGGCAAGCUCUGAGCAGGGCCACCCGGCGAGGCGGCUUGCCCACGUGCAACGCCAACAUCCAGCGUGAGCGGGCUGAGAUCUGGGUGUUCUGCGACGUGGCGUACUGUGAGCAGGUGGGACUCUUCCUCAAGGGGCGUCUGCAGCUGUUGGGCAGCAUCAGGCUGCACGUGCACAAGCUUGGAGAUAUCCUCAGCUUGUAGCGAUGACUUCACGCAGCCUCCUCAUUGCCAUGGCGACCCAAAAGCACACUCAUGAAGCACAAUGUGGAGUGUCAAAAAACACCUUGUGCCAAAUAUCUGACAAAACAUCACACGUUGAAAGUUGAACACAGUCCAUGUUGGAACGGUGGUCGACUUCCGAAUUAUAUUGAAAGUAAUGAAAUAAUAUGUUCAGGGUCACAAACUGUGGUGGUCAUAAAACCUCUAUGAACUUAACAGGGAAUUUUAAAAUGAACUUUUAAAUUAUAAAAAUCAAGUAAUGUAUGGCGCGUAUGGGAGUCAUGCUGCAUUGAAUGUGAUGUCACUUCCUGAGUGUACUUUUCUUUCAGAAGCUCUUAUUGAGGCCAUUCACGUUUUUGGAAAAAAAGCAUCGCAUUAAAAAAGCUAAACCCUCAGAUUUAAUAGUUUGAUGCUCACUGACCACACUGAACUUCGAUUUCCGAAGUUUUGCGUGAUUUAAAGGCAGAUUUUUCCUGAAAAUCACAGUGUAAUUAUGAAAUUAAUGGUUCCAGUGUAAUUUUAACACACCUACACAUUAAAAACUCCAUAUUCCUCAUAUAAUGAAAUGAAACGUUUUAUAAUUUACUCUUACUAAUAUGAAAUUGUAAUGUGUAAGUGACCCAUUUCAGCUAUAUCGUACUUUAAUUUCACAUGAAUCUCCAUGUAUUUUACAUUUUAACAAUAAAGGUGACAUCAACCUUUUUUUCUAAAUUUAAAAGUUUCCAAGUGUCUAAAUAAAUCUGGCAUGCUUUGUUCAUAAUACCCCAAGGAU